GUUUUUAAGUGUUUCCAGGGAAUAGGUUUCACGUUAAAAAAGGUAUAUACCACAAAAACAGAUAUAAAUAUUUGAUUUGAUUAAAAACAGAUAGAGAUACAAAUACCCAUACAGCCAUUGUGUCACACAACUAAUAUCUACACAAGAAGGCAUCUAGGUGAUUCUCACUACCUCUUGCGGUUAGGAGGGGUGAAAUAGGACCCGUUCUCUGGAAAACCCCCCUGACCGAGGAGACAAAUUAUCUUCUCUGUGAAACAUGUUGGUGCCAAACCAGGACACCAUUAAUACCCCUUGGGACAGUGGAAAGUAUAUCAAGUAAAAAGCCCCGCUCUUUCACAAAAGAGGUACAUGCAUUGUCUAGUGGGUGUGAUGAAUUAAAGAAAAGCUAUAUAGAAAAAAACGUACUCCUUUUCACAGUGGCACGGCUUUGAACAAAAGAAUGUUGUUGUAUAUAAUUGCUUGCAUUUGAUAUGCCUGGAGGUAUGUGGGCCUAAGAGAAAAAUUUUUAUGGCUAUAUUUAGAUGCCAAAAUUGUUUCUGUUUAGCUGUAGAGUUGUUGAUCAUAUAUUUCUAAUGUCAUUGUUGCAGAUAUAUUUUUAUUUUGCAUGAACAGACAGACAUAACACUCUCUCGCACACCUUCAGUAACUGCUUUAUCUUGGUCAAUAUAUUGGUAGCAGAAAUAACUAUAACUCACAAAUGGCUUAUGUACAUCUAUUUUUUGACCCCAAAACAGAAUAAUGAUAAAGCCAUAACCUAUGUAUAUCACUAAGACACCAGUGUUUACUUUUAAAAAUGGUUAUUUUGAGAGAUUGACAUACCUGUCAGACGUUGGAUGGCUAGAUAUUAAGCUAAUUACCUGGACAUCUCCAGGACUGCCAUUGCAGAACCAAUAAACAGCUAAAUGUUCUGACUAUAAACCCAUGUAUUAAUAUCUGCUAGAAACAUGACUAGACUGUCACUAUUUCAGUGGAAUUCUCUGGAGUCCUCAUUAUCAGAUUCUAAUUUUGUAGUGGUGCUAAAUGACUCAUGACACUACUGUGUAUAAAAGGUCAGUGAAAAAGUUGUGUAUGGUUUGCAGUGUACAGUACAGUAUGUCCUGGAGAAAAAGUACAAGAGGUUGCUUAAGAAAUAUCCAGUGCCACAAGAUGGAGACACAGACAAAGAAGAGCAAAACACCCAGAGCAAAAACAGAAAAAAAUAUGCACUGGAGGAAUAUACACAUAGCACAUAGAUUCAACUUUUCCUUGGUUUCAGACGAUGAACAUUAACUGCUAUAUAGAUGUUACAGGAAACCAGCUUAAGAGUUAAAUUUGUACAUUUCUCAAUUUUGCUAUAAUAUAGGAUGCAAAUAAUUUUCUCAGCACAAUUUGAAUGGGACCUGCAUUAAAAGACAUCACUGAAAGGUUUCAGGUUGCACUUGCCUUUGUGUUUUCACACCCUUCACCUCAAAGGCAGUGCUAAUAAAUAGGCUCACUCUGUGGCAAACAGCUAUAAAGGAAGGGGGACACCAACAGAUUGAAACUUAUAAGUGACCAGCUUGGAAAACUGUGCGUUUUCAGGAUAAUGUGGCGAGCAUUGCUGGUGUGUGUGACUACUCUGAGUGUACACUGUGAGGCACAGACAGGCUCUGAUAUAUGCAGACACCACUCCACCUUUAGACAAGCAGCUGAUUGGGACAUCACAGUUACUUGUGGAACUGAUAGUAUCCAUCUGAGCAUCCUGCUGUGUCCAGUCUACUAUGCUGGUUAUAAUGAAUCUCUUAUAGCGCUCAACGGAAAAUUUAACAUGCCAGCCUGUCGUGGAAUUGUAGACUUGAUAGCCAGUACCCCUGUUCUGAAGUUUAAUUUCUCAGUCUCUGAUGAGGAAGUGUCCCUCUGUGACAAUUCUCUUGAGCUUACAGAUGAGGUGGGCACAGGUCAAUUCUCUGACUCCAGAGUUCAGUUUGUCAACAUUUCAGGAAGCAUCAUUUCAUGGGAACCAGUCCGGGACCCUUUCACAUACCACCAAAAGCUUAUUUAUCGAUUCUCCUGCCUGCAGUAUUUGGUCAACGACACUAAAGUAAAUGUGUCAGGCAUGAACCUAGCUGCCCGAGGGAACAGAGGAAGUUUUGUCAGGGCACUCCAUAUAAAUUUCUUCACUAAUCGACAAUAUACACAGCCUCUAAAAAUACCUGAAAAGGGCCUACAACUGAAAACUCGGAUAUAUGUCCAGGUCAAGGCAACAAAUCUCACUAACAGGUUGAAUAUCCUGCUUGAUCGCUGCUUUACAACAACAAGCCCUUAUCCAAUAAGCACAAUUUAUUAUGAUCUUUUUGUUGGGUGCAGACAUGAUGGGCAGACAGUGGUGUACUUAAAUGGGGUAUCCCAAGAGGCACGCUUUUCCUUUGAGGCCUUCCAAUUUGUGGAGCAUCAGAACAAGACCAUAUUCUCAACGUUCUCCACAUUCUACCUGCACUGUGUCACCCGACUCUGUGAGAAUUCCACCUGUCCCUCCAUGCUUCCGAACUGUAUAAAGAACGUAAGAAGCACACUCCAAUUGAAUCAGUACUUAAGCAAUGUGGAAACUGUUUCUUCAGGCCCAAUCAAGACAAGAACUGACAGUGACUGUGUGACAGGGGUCAUUAUACUCACUUGCUUGUUGAGUGUCUGCUGUACUGGACUGGUGGUGUGGAUUUUGAUCUACAGGAGGCGCACGUGAACUAUAUGAAGGAAUAUCUUUGUGUAAUGGACACAGGUUUUUUUUAUAUGCAUUAUUCUUGCCCUGUGGGGAAAAUAUUGAAUUAAAAUAUUUUUCAAAAAUACUGUUUUCAUAAAUAUGUAACUCUGUGUUAUGUACCUUUAUAUUCUUUUAUUGCCAUAAUCUGUAGAAAUUGGUGUGCAUUGGAAGGAAUCUUAUUUAUAUAUAACAUUUAUAUACAGGGCCUUGGAAAAUUAUCACCUUUAAAAAUGAUCAGAUUCAUCUGGAUUACAAGUGCCACUUACACUGAUUUUUCCAACCAGUACUUUUAUUGCAAACCAAUAUGCCCUUAAAGUCAAAAUUCACUAUUUGUCAGCAGAUUGUGAAUGUAUUCAUAUGCAUUCAAACCCGUCAGACUUUUACUUCAUAGAACCACUAUUAGCAGCAACAGCUUUAAGUCUGUUGGGGUAAGUUCCUGCCACCUUUGCACACUGUUUGGGAGUGAUUGCCCAUUAUUUGGCCUUUUGCUUCGUAAUUGUAAAGUUUUUCCCAAGCAUUAGGUUUUUGUUUGUUUCUGAAUCUGGUUGUCUUGUAAUGUCUAAAAUACAACAAAAGAUGUGCACAUUCAAAACACCCUAAUUGGGCUCAGUUGCAGGACAACAAAAAUAACAAUAUAGAAAAAAAGAAGUGUGAUGUCCGCACACUGAAUUUACAGCUCCAAACAACUUUUUAUCGAAAGCGCAACGUUUCAACCAUCGGGUUUUGUCUUGUAAUGUCCCCUUGUAUUUUGCUCCAUUUUGCUUGAACCCCUGACCUUCUGAUCAGUAACCCAGAGACUGUAUGCAAAACGCUUGAAAUGGUUGUCUCUUGCAUCUUCACUCCACUCUCAGCAACAGUACUCUAGAAGUUCUUCAGAGUGACUCCCUGUGGCUUCCCUCACCAGUCUCAGUCUUGUUUUUCUAUCAGGAUUUGAAGGAGGGCCUUAUCUAAGUAGUUCUUGGGGGGUAUGAUAUAGCUUCCAGUUCCUAACUAUUGAUCCAACAGUGCUUAAUGGGGAGUCCAACCAAUUAGAUAUAAUUUUACACCUUAUUCUAUUACCAUAACUUCCAUAAAAUGCUCCUUAGUGACAUUUUGGUAUUUUCAAAACCAAAUGAGGUGGUUUUUGUCCAGAAAAUGGGAGUGGUUUUGGUAAAUACGGUUUUAAUAUUUUCACAGAUGAAGUCAAUUAUAAGUCAGUUGUGUCUUCAUUAAAACAAUAUCAUCAGCAAGGAACAUUUUCCAUUUGUCAGUUUUCUUUUAAAUGCUUUGAAAUUUCAUUUUAAAUACUAAUAAUUAAUUUGACUACAUUAUUGUUCUGCUACAUUUCACUGUAAGAGAACAUGAGUUUGUAAGAAAAAGUACUGACAGGAAGAAUGUGUGUAUUUCAUUUGACAAUGACUGAUGAAUUUACUUUUACAAGACACUAUACAUUCCAUAUAUUUAUUAGAUUUUCAUGCAACCUAUUUUGUUUAAGGAAAGAAUUUUGACAAAAAUGACAUAUCACUUAUUCUGGUCAAAGAUAAAUUAUUUAAGACAAGUUGUUGCUGUUAUCAUUCAAUCAUUCGUAAUUUUUCUCUAUUUGUUUGCAGUGAAUAAGAUUCAUUAGACCAGACUGAGAUUAAGAGAUUCUUUUGAUUCAUUGAGUGUUUUAGAACAUGAAUAUGCUAUGUUUGGACAAAUGUAACAUAAGCUAUAUUAUUAUUAUUGGACAUAUAUUGGCUAAAUAUAUGUUAUAAUCAAUAGCAAUUCAAUGCGUGCUGUAACAUCCAGCCCGGAUUCUGCCCCGCCAGACCACCAGAGGACAUCCUCACCCAAAUUUUGAACCUCUUCUUUGUUUGUCAUUUAAAUUUUCUAUUGUACCACUACAUAAAGUACAUGGAUGCUCACACUUUGUGAAGUCUUAAAGCUUUCUUUCUAGUAAGUUCUGAGUCCUGUCUUCUGGAUAGCUUGUGUGUUGUUUAACCUUUUGCCCUGCCUCAUUUUGCCUUUGUUUGCCCAUUUGUUUUGAUGCCGCAUCUGCCUUUUGAUAUUUUUGACCUUGGCCUCAAGGUUGAUUUUCAAAUAUUGUGGUUUGGAUAGACAUUCUGCCUAUUCUUACCCUGAUAUUCUUUUUUAAUAAACCUUGAACACAUGGAUCCUUAUAACCUGUCCCCGAGUCCUCCCUUACAGAAGACUUCACCAUUUAUAAAGGAUCCAACCAAGGUGUACAUGCUACUGAACUAAACAUACGGUAGUUUUGAACAGGACUUCCGGGUGUUUGGUCACCCGGAUUUUGAUUAUCUGGAGUCUAUAAGAGAAGCUGGAGGAAAUCUGCUACACUGAAACAAGAUAAACAAUCAGCGGCUGAGUUACAGUGCUGUUUGAACAUGUUAUUUCACAUUCUACCCAAUGGUGUCCUUCAAACAUUGUGAAAAAUAAAGGCUAUGAAAAAGGUAUUAAAUGUAUCUAUGUGUGCUAUGCUAAAAAAGAUAAACAAAAGCACAAACUAAGUGCUAAAUGGUAAGAGGUUAAAUGUUCUGCAGUAACACACACACACACACACACACACACACACACACACCGCCCUAUCAGUUUUGCAGCAUUUGACUGAAUCUGACAAAUUUUCUUCAGCCAACAAGUAUGAAAAGUUGCCACUGGUUAAGGUCAGGGUUUAGAGGGUUUUGAAAUGCAACAAAACUGGGUUAAAUAUAAUUUGUUUGAAUAUUGCCAGAGAUCGGAUUGCAUAUUAACUUCAGCUGAGCUUUCUAAUAUGCUAAUAAAAUGAAGGAUGAAUAAACACUAGUGAGAAACCGUUAAUAUGAUUAUGACUAUCUGUUGGUGCCUAUUAGCUUUUAUUUAUUGUUUGUAAGAUUGAUGUUGGAUGUUGUAUUAAUCAGAGUAUUGUCACCAUCACUCACUAACAGUCAUAUUGUUAGAACAGUUUGACUGCAGUCUAGUCUUGAUUUGGAUAUUUGCUUCCUUUAAACUUCAGUGCCUAAAACCAUUUUUUCCUCAUCUACAGUUUGAAAUUGUCCUAUAGGCCACAUUUUGUUGACUUCUGCUUUCAUUGAAAUGCAUUUAAAAAAUGACCUCUACCAAUAAAACAAGACUAGAAGCACAAUAAUAUCAUAAUAAGAAAUAUAUUUUCACUUGCUGUCAUUUUUUCACUCUAUAAUGUAUGUAUAGUUUUUGUUGUAAUGAAAUGUACUGAAACAUGUAUUUGUGCAAAUCUAAAUGAAAGAUUUUGUCUUUGGGGAAUGUUGUUCACAUAGUGUUGGAUUAUUCACUGACGAGCCCCGACCAUCCUUUCUCUUGAAGGACUAGGCCUUUUUUUGGAGGCUCCUUAUAUACUAUGAUUAGAUGAUUGCCUCACCUGUUUCACAUCACCUUCUUAUUUCAACUUGUCACCUUGCUAUUAGUCCUAAAUUGCCCCGUCCCAACUUUUUUGGAAUGUGUUGCAUGCAUCAAUUUCAAAAUAAAUGUUUUA